UGCACUCGGCGCUCGCGUGCGUGUCUUCAAUGGAAACUUCGCGUGCGUGGAAUGUCCGCUAACGUGAAGAGACGCGCGUGACAGGUGGCCUGUGAUGCACUGCUCGCUCUCGCUGAAUUCUUAUUGAUGGUUUAUUUGGCUAGUCAGGGCACGAGCGACCAGCAACGUCCGCGCGCGACCGUUUUAAGCGCUAAUGGAUUAUAAUAGUUUGAUGGCGCCUCCGGUACCGCCCCACAAACCCCGGUCUGCACGGCCCUCGGACGCGCGAGAACGGGUGCUGAAGUGCGUGCUGCUCGGUGACGGCGCCGUGGGGAAGACCAGUCUCGUGGUCAGCUACACCACGAACGGCUACCCCACCAGAUACGUGCCAACGGCGUUUGAUGACUUCUCCGCAGUUGUACAGGUUGAUGGACACCCAGUGAGACUGCAUCUCUGUGACACAGCUGGACAGGACGAGUUUGAUAAACUGAGGCAUUUCUGCUACUCUCGGACGGACGUCCUCCUCCUCUGCUUUAGCGUGGUAAGCCCCGCCUCCUUCCAGAACGUGGGUGAGAAAUGGGUGCCUGAGAUCCGUCGCCGGUGUCCGCUGACGCCGUUCCUGCUGGUCGGCACGCAGUGCGACCUGCGGCAGGACGUCAAGGUCCUGAUCGAGCUGGCCGGGCAACACGAGCGGCCCGUGCACGAGCCGGACGCCCGCGCCCUGGCCGACAAGGUCGGCGCCGUCAGCUACGUGGAAUGCUCUGCCCUCACCCAGAAGAACCUGAAGGAGGUGUUUGAUGUGGCCAUCGCAGCGGGACUGCGCCAGGCGGACAGGCGGGCACGCAGGGAGUGCAAAGUGCGCAGCACAGCUGACAAGAUGAGACUGCUCUCCAAAGCCUGGUGGAAGAAAUACGUGUGUAUACAGUAACGCAGGCGGCACCAUGGAAUUCCAGGGGGAUUCUGGGUCAUCGGCUAAAUGGGAGACACGGUGACACAGACCUCGGACACGUUCUGCGGCCUCUGGCAGCCUCAAGCCGACGGAAUCAAGGGUGAUGGAGGACCUGGUGUUGGGUGGGCGAGGGACUGUAGUGAGGACAGCAGGGUCCGUUCGCUGGACGUUUACGCCACCGUGAGCCAUGCUUUUGCCCACCCAGUCUCUGCCGUGAGACCGUGUGGCAGUCAGAGGUGUUCUGAACUCAGAGCUUUACUGAACAGCACCUGUGCUCACCGUGUUAUGGUUUUGAAAAAUCAUUCGACUCCAUUUUGUUGCAUAUCACAUUUGUAUUUAUUUACCUUCGUCUGAUAAACGUGCGCGUGACUUAUUUUGGCAGUAUCAACACUUAUCUCUCUCUCCGUCACCCUCGGGGCAGGACUACACUGCGUUUGAGCCUGUUUGUCCGCCCUCGUCUGGUUCCCCAGGCAGGGCAGUGCACUGUAAUGAAAGACACAUCAGUCUCCUCCACCGUUCUGGAUCUCUCUGGUCAUCAGUAACGCACAAACCAUCUCAUCUCGUGCUCGACUAACCUCUGACAUGCCAGGAGCUGAAACUGUCACUUUGAGAGACGGAGGGGGGUGGUCUUCUGUCCCACCUAAUGUAGUUUAAUUGUAAAUAUGUAUCAUAAUGUGCUCUCAAGAGCCGUAUUGCUUAGCGCACUGACCCUUUAAUAUUGCAGUGUAAUGAAACAGUGGGGCAGACAGCAGUGCUCCUUAGUAUUCUGGAGACAUUCUGUCUUUCUCUAAUGACUCAGCAGUUAAUUCAAUGUAAACUGUACAGUAAAGGGGGAAAAAGAUCAGAAUGGUGUCGAUGUCAUGGCCUGUGUUGAGUGUGUGUGUACCACGUUUCCAUGCCAUAACUGUACAUUGUAUGUAAUUGUUUCUUUCUCUGUCUGGGUAGAUCACUCCUUCAUGGGGCAUGUGUCUGGAUGUCUUAUUUCCUGGCUUCUUUUCCUCAUUACCAUGGCAAAUACACUCAGUUCUUUGAACCCAAA